AUGUUCUCGUCCUCCCUGGUUUCCCUUUUUAUUUCCAGACUGGAUCAAAAGGUCCGACCAAUAUCACUUUCACCAUGCUGUCCUUGGCUUUACUUGGGUUUCCUGUACUCGAACCCAACCCGAACCCAACUCGAACCCAACUCGAACCCAACUCGAACCCAACUCAAAUCCAACUUGAACCCAACUCGAACCCAAAUCGAACCCAACUCGAACCCAACUCAAAUCCAACUUGAACCCAAAUCGAACCCAAAUCAAACCCAACUCGAACCCAACUCGAACUCAACUCGAACCCAACUCGAACCCAACUCGAACCCAACUCGAAUCCAACUCGAACUCAACUCGAACCCAACUCAAACCCAACUGGAACCCAACUCGAACCCAACUCGAACCCAACUCGAACCCAACUCAAAUCCAACUUGA